AUGAAUCUGUUUACCAAAUCAACUCUACUGAUCUGACUAACUUUGCCUGGCAAGUUUCCAAAGGAAUGGUUUAUUUAUCGGAAAUGAAGUUAGUUCACCGUGAUCUAGCUGCUAGAAAUGUGCUGGUAGCGGAGGGGAAAAUGUGUAAAAUCUCAGAUUUUGGACUUUCCCGAGAUGUUUACACUGACGAGGCCUACUGGAAGAGAUCCUCUGGAAAAUUGCCUAUAAAGUGGAUGGCUCCAGAAAGCCUAAGGGAUCAUAUCUAUACUUCAAAAUCUGAUGUUUGGGGCUUUGGCGUCUUACUUUGGGAGUUAGUGACGCUGGGUAGUUCCCCGUAUCCUGGUGUACAACCAGAUAGGCUCUACCCUCUUCUCUCGGCUGGAUACAGAAUGCAGAGACCUGAAAACUGUUCAAAGAAUCUGUAUAGUAUGAUGCUGAGUUGCUGGGCCCAGAUACCAGAGAAGCGUCCAACCUUUCAUCAGAUAGAGAAACAGCUAGAGCAGAUUCUACAG